ACCGAUGACAUAUUAACACAUCCCAGCAACACCAUGAGGAGCAGACCCAGGUGCUUUUUCUGGGGUCUCGGAUUUCUUCUUUUCUGCUGCAAAUCAGCCUUGAGCGGUGAUUAUUUGACUUUCGACCAUUUUCCUUUGGAUGAUUUUGAAGAUGUAUAUAGCGGGAGUGGCAGUGACUCCGACGUAGACUGUGGCCCCAAUGCGGUUCCCUGUAACAUCUCUCACUGCAUCUGUGAAGACGGGUUCAGGUCCAUCUCUGGAAAAGAGCCUUUCCUUGGUACCAGUGAGUCCAGUUGUGAGGAAAUCCCCCUUCACUGCCAUUCAGAUUUCAUGAGAGAAAAUGACUACGUGAAGAUGUGUUUGAAUGGAUCACAGCAGAUUGACUUGGAGAAUAGGAAAAACAGCUCAUUCUGUUCGCUGGUCAAUUCCACCCUCAGGCUCCUGACACCUGCCUGUGAGAACAUCAGCUUGACCACUUCCCUAGAGGAGACAGCGACAUCCUUCGAACACGUCCUUGCUGACAGCUCCCUCUGGAGCGUCGAAAGCAAGGAGGAAGUCGCUUCUGCUGCGACGCUGUUUCUGCAGAGUUUGGGGUCGGCCGCAGUGACAGCUGCCCUCGCCUCUCCGGAGAACCAAACCCAGACUGUGACCACCAAGCUAAUGGCGAUUCAGACGAAGCUCACCGAUGAGAACUGUAGUCUGCAGAGCAAGGUACUUGGGUUCCGUGCUCACAAAGACAGGAUGGAUAUUCACUGCACUGCCGUCACUGACGCUGACAUGGAAGGUUCUGCUGCUGUCGCUUUUAUCUCCUACGUGGGGCUGGAGUCCCUACUGGGAGGGAGAUUUUUGCAGGAUGAAAAUCCAGGGAGCGAGGCAAGACCAGAACAGGUUCACGUGAAUUCCAGAGUGGUGAGCGCCUCCACCAGCACCUGGAAGAAGAAGCUUUCCAGUCCCAUCAACCUCACCUUCCAGCACCUCGAGGACAAGACUCUGCUGGAUAGGGCCAUCUGCGUCCACUGGAACUCUACAGGCCAGGAUGGUGUCUGGUCCCCCCAGGGCUGCCAGCACCUUCACUCCAAUGUCACUCACACACGGUGCAGCUGUCGCUACCUGGCCAGCUUUGCGGUGCUGAUGGCGCCUGGUAUCGUUCAGGUGGAUUUUGCCCUGUUCGUUAUCAGCCAAACCGGGCUCAUCAUCUCCCUGGUCUGUCUUGUCCUGGCUAUCGUCACCUUCCUCUUCUGCCACCCCAUCUGUAACACUAGCAGCACCUUCCUCCACCUGCAGCUCAGCAUAUGCCUCUUCCUGGCCGAUCUCCUCUUCAUACUGGGAAUAGACAAGACUUACAACAAGCUCAUGUGUUCCAUCACCGCCGGCUUGCUGCAUUACCUCUUCCUGGCUUGCUUUGCCUGGAUGUUUCUGGAAGCGGUGAGCCUGUACCUCAUCGUCAGGAAUCUGAAGGUGAAAAAUUAUGCGGGCACGGGCGGAUGCACAAGAAAAUGCAUGUACGCUUUUGGCUACGGACUCCCAGCAGUGAUUGUGAUCACGUCUGCAGCCAGCGCGCCCAGCAGCUAUGGAACUCCUUAUCACUGCUGGCUCAAUCCUGAUAAUGGUUUUAGAUGGAAUUUCCUUGGACCUGUCUGCGCCGUGGUUGUGGUAAAUUUAGUAUUUUUCUGCCUUACUCUGAAGCUUUUGCGAGAGCAUCUUUCCUCCCUCAAUGCAGAGCUGUCUACUCUGAGGAACACCAGGUCACUGACUUUUAAAGCCCUGGCUCAUCUCUUAGUCCUGGGCCUCACGUGGGGGCUGGGCACCUUCCAGUUCGGCCCGCUGGCCACGGUGAUGGGGUACCUGUUCACCAUCACCAACAGCAUGCUGGGAACCUUCAUCUUCGUGGUGCACUGCCUGCUCAACAGAAAGGUGAGAGAGGAGUAUUGGAAAUUAUUUACCAGGCUUCGACGGUCAAAGGAAGAACCUUCGUCUUCCAAUAUAACUAUGUCUGCUCUCGCCUCCAGCACAGCCACGGAUCCUCUGCAAAACAGUGUCCCAUCCUACCUGCAGAAGGCAGCGAGAAAUUGAUCUGUCGCCUGGCCUCUCUUUGGCACACUCUCAUUAAAUGCUCCUGCUGUGUCACCAAAGAAUGUCUCCAUUCUCAAGCCCACGAGCAAC